AUGGCUCAACCAGUCAGAGAAAUCGCUCUAAUUACCGGCGGCUCUCAAGGCAUCGGCGCAGCAACUGCUCGUGUGCUAGUCGACAAAGGCUUCUUCGUCGUCAUCAACUAUUCGAACAACGUGCAGGCAGCUAAAAAGGUCAUCGAGGACCUUGGGCGCGAAAAUGCCACGAGCAUCAUGGCAGACGCCAGUCGUGUUGAUGAGAUCGAAAACAUGGUCAAUACCGUUGUGUCUAUGUUCGGCAGGAUAGAUGCGCUCAUCGCAAAUGCUGCGAAGCUAGGAUUGCAGGACAUCUCCGAAACCACCGAGGAAGGCUUUGAUGCUCUCUUCGCUAUAAACGUCAAAGGGCCUUACUUCCUCGCUCAGAAAGCCGCUCCGCAUAUGCCACCAGGCUCACAUAUCGUGCUCCUCUCAACAACUCAAUGCCACGCCAGCACCGUCACAUCCAACUACCUCUUAUACACCAUGACUAAAGGCGCUAUCGAACAAAUGGCUCGCGUUCUCGCCAAAGGACUUGGUCCGAAGGGUAUUUUCGUCAACGCAGUGGCUCCGGGACCGACCUCUACGGAGUUGUUCUUGAACGGUAAGUCAAAGCAGCUGCUCGACACUCUUGCUAGCCUCAGCCCGCAUAAUCGUUUUGGGCAGCCGAGGGAUGUUGCAGAGGCAAUAGGGUUCUUGACGCAGAAUCAAUGGGUAUCUGGCCAGGUUGUGAAGGUCAAUGGCGGUAUGGCCUGA